CUUCAAUCACGUGACCUCCAACCCCACCCAUAUCAACAAACUUCACUUGCUGUGUUUUCUUGUGUUUCCUUUUAGUUUUUCCGUCUCUUCAGUGGUUCUAGUGUUUAAAAUGAGUGAAGAGAUCAAGGUAGAGACGGCAAAGUUUGAUGCCAGAUUCCCCAACACUAAUCAAACCAAGAACUGCUGGCAGAAUUAUGUGGACUAUCAUUCUUGUGUGAAUGCUUCUGGUGAAGGAUGUGAAUAUUAUAAGAAAGUGUUCCAGUCAUUGUGUCCAGUGGAAUGGGUCAGCAAUUGGGAUGAGCAGAGAGAAGCUGGGACAUUUACUGGGAAAAUCUGAAAGACUUGAAGAAGCUAGACUAUAGUAGACCAUGUACCUAUUUAAUAUUCACGAUUAUUAAUAACAUUAAUUAUUAGUAGGAAUCAUUAUUAUUAAAUUAAAGGUUCACGGGAA